AUGCACUGCAGUAAACAUGUAUAUCUUACUAAGGAGAGUACAUGCGCCAAGUGUUCUGCGCCUAGAGAACCUUCACUUGAAGAGAUUCCAAAAGAUGAAAUAAGGAAAUCAGCUCACUCGGUCGCUAUUGGAUCAACAAUUAUACCUAGAAGCCCUUUCUUGGAAUCCAGUUCAAGAAAAUCUGACAGAAAAAGAUCUUCCAAAAGCAUGACUCAGAAAAAGGACUCAUCCUACGACGUUAUUCGUAGGUUCAGUUUCGUUUAACAACAGAACUAGACGUAAAUAUUUCAAAAACACUGUAACAGACAAUAAUGUUUUUA